AUGUGUCACGCUGGCAUCUCACACAUAGUAACGCGGCUGCGUAGUGAAAAGAAGAUUGACCAGAUCGACCGUCGCCUGGACGGUGUGGUUCGGCUCCUCGAAGAGCUCAAUACACAGCGGUUACAGGCAUCGCCUGUGCUUACAGUACCGGCAAAAGUAUCGGUAGCAUCGGCCCCGAGCACUGUUGAUUCCUCCAGUCCCUCCAGCUAUGGUGCCCGUAGCAACCAGACCCAAGUCACCGGGACCAUGGUUGAGGGGGAGUCUUCCUUGACGGCUCAGUCGGUCUUCGCCAACGAUCUCCUCCAAAAGGUUGCGAGCCGGGAUUCCAGGCCCGAGAUGCGUGAGAGGAUAGAAGCCCUUCGACACUUGGUCGAAACCUUGAAGAAGCAGCCCGCAGCGAAUGAGAUGAAGUACCCGAACGCUAAGCCUACGCGGCCACCGGCCCUCGAGGGGUGCGAACUGCCCCCAAUUGAGGCGACUCUACAGGUCAUCAAGCUUGCCAGAUCCAACAAACAGCUCGGCGUGGCCUGGUUUUUUCAGAUGUUCGGGAUGGAUCGCUUUCCGGAGCUCUGUGUUGGUGUUCACAUGGCCGAGGAAUAUAAUGCGGCCCAAUUCCUCACUGUGAACGUCACCCUGCAUUUCUUGUUCCAUACCUACGGUUCUUUGCUUCCGGAAAAGGCCGAUGAAUAUUUCCGUCUGUCGCGCCUCUGCGCCGUCAACACCGAGACGGCUCUAACCAAUCUGCCUUUACAUUUACCGGCCACGGACGAUGUCAUCAUUGCCCUAUCCUUUGGGGCCUAUUAUGCCAUCGAGCUUGCGAAGCCUUCUUUGGCUUGGAUCUUGUCGUCUAAAGCAUCCGACUUGUGUCAGUCUCUCGGCUAUCAUCGGAGUGCGACAUUUAUCCAUGAGUCCCCGGAGAAUGCCCAGUCCAAGCAGUUCCUCUUCUGGGGCGUGUACACCAUUGAUAAGGGCCUGGCACUUCGCUUGGGGCGGUCAUCGACGAUACAAGAUUACGAUGUCACCGUACCUCACCCAGGGGAGGAUGGGGUCCCAGUCGCGGGUGAUUUCCCCUUAGCAUCCUUCUUUGGUCUGUGGGUCAUUGGGUCUAGGAUUCAAGGCCAGAUCUACGAACUGCUAUAUUGCCCCGACGCUAUCGCACAAUCAGAUGCGAUCCGGAAAUCCCGCGUGCAGUCGUUGCUAGAUCAACUGGGGGAUCUUGAUGAGCUGACCCGCGGCGUCGCGGCAAAAUGGGAUCAGUUCUCUAGAGCAACCGCCGGCGAGGACACAACCGACUUUUUUGUUUUGUCAGAUCUUGUUCUCCGGCUCUCGACUCGAACUUUAAUUCUCCGAGCUGUUCCCAACCCGCCAGGCUCUCCGACAACUUUCACGGAGCAGUGUGUCCAGACGGCCAGAGAAACACUCAGCCGCCAUCAAGAGUGCAUGGCCGUGGUGGAAAGGAAUCCCAUUGGCCUCUUCUCAACAUACAUGAACUGCGUUGCAUCACAGUACCUUGAGUCUCAGACAGGAGCUAGUAGAGAUGACCAGCAGGCGAGUACGGUAGACAACUGUCUAGCUGCCCUCGGGUUCCCAUCCCAGCCAGUGCCAGGGUUCCAGGAAGCGUCGUACCCCGUGGGGAGUGUCACAGGCAGUGGCGAUUCGGCCUUCCAGAGGGGCGUCAAUCCGAUGAUCUGGAUGGGGAACGGGGCCCAGCUCGAGGAUUGGUUUUACAACAAUGAGCAGAUGAUUAACAUAUUGGAGGACGGAUUCCCAGAAGGUGGCGGGUGGGCAACUGGCUAA